AUGCUCUGGUUGCACAUGAUCCAAUAUUCUGGAUUCGUCCUUGCUCAAAUUUCUAACGCCACACUGGUAUGGUUGAUUCUUACCAAAGCCCAGAAAUUGUUUGGAACUUAUCGUCAUGUCAUGUGCACGUUUGCAGUAUAUUCUUUGGUUUAUGCUUGGGUCGAAGUUCUCGCACAACCGAUCAUGCACAUCAAAGGGCCUUGUUUCAUAGUAUUUAUGGAAAGUCCAUUGAAAUAUUUCGGAUGGAUUGCUAAUCAUAUUGUUUGUCUCUAUUGCGCUUCUUUUGCUUUGUGCAUUUCCCUCCUAGCUGUUCAAUUUUUCUACCGUUACGUUGCAAUGUGCAGGCCGGAACUUCUUAUGAAAAUCGAGGGGUUCAAACUAAUUUACAUCUUCAUUCCAUGCCUUAUCUGUUUCGUUUUAUGGUUUGAAUUUGUGUACUACGGGAUGGCGAAUACAGUCGAAAAACAAAUUUACAUGAGGGAAGAACUGGAAGAUUAUUAUGAGGAGGAUUCCACUCGGGUUGCAUUCAUUGCACCAAUGUACUGGUCUAUAGGAAGAGAUGGGGAGAAACAAUGGAUUAUUGGAGAUGUGAUUGGAUCCAUUGGAUGUGUUUGUAUCAUUGUUGCCUGCUUCUCAACCAUCGUAGUCUGUGCAUCCACUAUCUACCUGACUAUGAAAAGUUCCACGUGUCAUAUGAGUGCCAGAACAUUGGAAUUGAAUCGUCAGCUUUUUGUGACGCUAACCUUCCAAACCAUUCUUCCAUUUCUGAUGAUGUACAGCCCAGUUGGUCUACUGAUCACUCUGCCAGUUUUCGAAGUUUAUGUUGCCAGUCUAGCAAAUAUUGUUCCUGCGACUGCUGCGAUCUAUCCAUCGCUUGAGCCUCUGAUUGCAAUAGUUUGCAUCAAGGAGUUCCGAAGAACUCUCACUUGUAAAUUCAAAAUGCGUAGGACUGAAACGUAA